UGUGUAAAACAAGCAUUUAGAAACGUCAAUAAGCCACAGCAAGUGCUUGAACAAUGGAUGUAGGUUAGUUCUCACUAUUAAUCUUAAUUAACUAUCAAAAAUAUCAAGCAAUUAGAAACCUAAUGCUAAAAAAAUAGUAAAUAGUGCUACAGUUAAACUAUGGCAGAUCUUAUACGCACAGGAAGCGGCCAGGGCGCAAUUAUAAAGGAUAAACUCGGUUCUCCCAGUACUGGAAGUGAAGAUGGGAAUGAGCAAGACACGCAAAGUGUUCCCAAACAAGAGGUAGACGAACCAGAUUUAGGAGAUUCCGCUCCUCACGCACCUCCCGAAGCUCAAUGGUAUCACGGUAGAUUAAACCGAUACCAGGCAGAAGAAAGACUUUGGGAAGCUGCAAGAUUGGGCAGUUACUUAGUUAGGGAGAGCGACAGAAAACCUGGUUCAUAUGUACUGUCAUACUUGGGACGUACAGGUAUCAAUCAUUUUAGAAUAACAGCCGUAUGCGGGGAUUUUUAUAUCGGCGGCAGGCAGUUUGAUUCUUUAAACGAUUUAGUUGGGUAUUAUACGGCGUGCAGCGAUUUAUUAAAAAGAGAGAGAUUGGUCCAUCCGGUUGCACCACCUGAGCCUGUCAACGAUAAGAAGAGGGUGGUGGCAAUAUUACCAUACACAAAAAUGCCAGAUACUGACGAGUUAAGUUUUAAGAAAGGCGAUAUAUUUUUCGUUCACAAUGACAUGGGCGAUGGCUGGCUGUGGGUUACUGCUCACCGUACAGGCGAGCAAGGUAUGAUUUUCACAGAACUUGUGGAAGAUCUUGACGAUAGCAUCGACCCAAAUACAGUCUUCCCUUGGUUUCACCCCAACUGUACGAAGAAUGAGGCAGUGGAUUUGUUGGUCAAAGCCGGACCUGGAAGUUUUCUGGUGCGACCGAGCGAUAAUUCUCCCGGUGAUUACUCGUUAUUUUUCCACAUUAAUAACCAAAUACAGCGUUUUCGUAUUGAAAAGAAAGGUGUAAGGUAUCUUAUGGGCGGUAGAGUGUUUGAGUGUCUCGACGCUGUUAUUAAUAGAUAUAGAAAAGAGCAAAUUGUAGAAGGUUAUACGCUUCAACAUCCACUGUUAGUUGAUGGCACAAAACAGCAGGACUGGGUACCGGAAACACCAAAAACCAAAUCGGAAGCCGCCGAAAAAAUUUACGCUACUUUAAGAGAAUGCCGUGAUCAGGCUGGAUUGAAAAGAAUGAGAGGGAUCAAGCACCAAGGCUAUUUGCAUCGGAAAUCUGAUAAAGUGGGGAAAAAGUGGAAAUUGUUGUAUUUCGUUUUGUUGGUUGAUGGUACUGACACUCAUUUGUAUUUAUAUGAGAAUCCAAAACGCACAAAACCGAAGGGUCUUAUUGAUUUAUCGUGUGCAUAUCUUUAUCAGGUACACGAUAGCUUGUGGGAGAGACCACACUGCCUACAACUUGUGGAAAGAGCUUUGCCCUGUCUAGCCACUGUCACUCACCUAGCGGCUCCAUCUACGGAAGAGUGCCAAGCUUGGGUCAACGCCCUCAAACCGUUAUGUAUCCCACAACUCAGCAGAGCGACAUCCAAAGUUCCGAAGCUACGUGAACUUCGUUGUUUGACCUUACACAUUUUAGACGCUCAUCGUUUGCCGUAUAAGCUUGUGCCGACGCCUUUUAUUACUGUCCAAUUAAACGGGCAGGUCAGAAUCGCGAAAACUAGGGUCAAGUCAGGACCGGAUCCCGUGUGGGAUGAGGAAUUCAUUUUUGAUGAUGUGCCAUGUGAUAUUGUUUCCGUAACGUUAACGGUGCAUAACAAGGGAAAACGAGGGAAGGAUUCCGAAGUUGCAGAGCUGCAUCUGGAGUUGUCUUCUUUAGGUAAUGGGGAGGAAAAGGAAGAAUGGUACGGGCUAUCGGGGCUUACGCCUAUCGGCGAAUGGGGAUCGUUGAGAUUACGAACAAGAUAUUUACACGAUUUAGUUAUGCCGGCCGAAGAAUACAGUCCACUACAACAGCUAUUAUUGGAACCCGGUUUGGUUUCGGUAAAGUGUCUAGCCGAAAUUUGUCAUGCGGAUCGUGCACCUCUUGCUACAGCGUUACUUCGAGUUUUUCGUGCGGAGGGACGUGAGACUGAACUUCUUAAGGAACUUAAUUCUGCAGAGGUUGCUCGCGAGACUGAGACACCUACGCUGUUUAGGGCGGCAACUUUAGCUACCACUCUGAUGGAUUUAUACAUGAGGGCCGAAUGUGGGGGAUUUCUGCAAGCUGCAGUACUAGAAACAGUGCUUCGACUGUUAGAAAGUAAACAGAGUGCCGAAUUAAACCCUGCCAAAAUGGACUCUCCAGAUGACGCCUGUAGUAACGCGGAAUUUUUGUUACAAGUGCUAGAUCAGGUAACAUUGAGUAUAUUUAUGUCUCCAGAGGCGUGUCCGAAGUCCGUGCGUUUUAUUUGUGGUUGCCUUCAAAGAGCAGUUGUCUCAAAGUGGCCAGGGGAACGUCUGGUUCGUACUAGAGUGGUGUCUGGAUUUAUAUUUCUCAGACUCCUUUGUCCGGCUCUGCUAAACCCUAGGCAAUUUGGGCUUGUUGGCGAACAACCGAGCCCCGCAGCCACACGAAGUCUUGUCAUGGUUGCAAAAUGUUUGCAAAAUCUUGCAAAUCUUGUGGAAUUUGGAGGAAAGGAACCAUACAUGGAAGUGGUGAAUCCUUUCAUAUUGAAAAAUAAGGAACGAAUGGUCGUAUUUUUGGAUCAGCUCUCUUCCGUAACCGAAGCAGGAGAACCAAGGAUAACCAGCAAGCCAGAUACGGCAAGAGAGCUAGCUACACUUCAUCAUAUAUGUGUUGCCCACUUACUUGAACUACAAGCAGUUGUCAAGAUCAACAAUAAUAUCAAAACUCUAGUUACGGUCACCGAUAUGCUUUCCAAGCACAAGCAAAAGUAUUUAGAAAUGAUCAGAUAGCAAAACUAAAGUGCUUACGUUAUAAUUCAUUUUUAUGUAUUCUCACUAAUCAUUUUGUGUAGUGAAGUAGCGUAACAACCUAUGAAUAUGCAAGAAUGAAUUGUGACUAUACACUGCCACGUCUCAGGCAAUUACUGCAUGUGAUCGUUUAAGGAAUUCUCAAUCGAGAAAAACAUUCGAAUCAUUUUUUGAUGCGUGCGUAUCAAAUUUGAACGUGCUUCCUUUAAUUUCAUUAAAUGUAUUAUGUUGUAUUAUGAAAUGUAACUCUUUUACGAGUCAUUGUUUAAAGACUGCCUUUUUUUUUACUAAGUCAGUAGCAGCAUUUUGUAAGUAGGCGUAAAUUUAGAUAUUAUUUCGAGCAACAGAAACUUAGCUGCCUUUAUAGAUUUAAUGUAUUUUGGUGUUUUUUUAUAUACGUAUAGUAAACCGUGACAGUUAAGUGUUACACAUAUAAUUCAAUGAACAAGUUAACCUCUACUUAUUUAUUACAGAUCCGAGUAGUCAGUUUAAUUUUAGAUCACGUUAGAGUAAGACCAUAGCUGAGGUUGCUGCUUGUGUUAGUAUUUUAAUUGCGUUACGCAAUUUCUAAUGGCCAUAAUAUUUAUUAUAAUACAUAUUUUCCUGCAUGUCUCCCCUUCAUUAGUAGGUAUAUCAUAGUUAGUCAAAUUGAGAACAUUGUAUAAAAUUUGUUUGUGUUUCAUUUUAAGUGACAAGGAGAUUUGACUGAAACAUUUAGAGUCAAUAUUGCAUAAAUAUUUGAUUGAUCUAAGACUUUUGUCCAAAAAUUUAUAAAAAAGAUUAUUUCUUUACAUUUGUAAACUACUAUCUUAUUUAUACUAGAUAUCUGUAUGUACUUUUUAUAUUAAAAAAGGUGUAUCUGAAGAGGUACUUUAUUCUAACUUAGAAAUAAAAUAGAAAAGGCCAUAAUUAGACAGGCUCCUGCUACCCAUGGUGAUUUCCUUUCUCCGAUUCUCGCACAUUUCCAGAAUGUGCCCAUUAGACUGAAAAUAAACAUAUUGUUAAAACUCA